AUGAGUUCUUGCCGUGUUAGGAUCAUGUUACCCGGUGCUGAUUAUCCUGUAUUCUCUAAUCCGCCAAAGCAUUGCAAAUUCUUAGCCUUUACCUACAUAACCUUUGCACCUGGUUAUCUAUUCAAAAUAUGGUUACAGUUGAUUUCAUUGCUGUGCUGCUCUAAUUUUCAAAGUGUUCGAAAAUGA